UCUUCACACCUCUCCUUCUCACUUCCCUUUUCAAUUUUCUGUUGUAGCUCUAUAUUUCUUUAGUAGUUUUGCGGUUAACGUUAACUCGUAAGUUGAUUUAGUAUUACAUAUUUCUUUAGUAGUUUUGCGAUUAACGUUAACUCGUAAGUUGAUGUAGCUCUAUAUUUCUUUAGUAGUUUUGCGAUUAACGUUAACUCGUAAGUUGAUUUAGUAUUACAUAUUUCUUUAGUAGUUUUGUGAUUAACGUUAACUCGUAAUUAGUAUUACAUAUUUCUUUAGUAGUUUUGUGAUUAACGUUAACUCGUAAGUUGAUUUAGUAUUACUUUGUAUUGUUAAUUUUUAUUUUUGAUUUUUAUGAUAUUAACUUAACUACGGUUUUAUCGCAGAUGGCAUUCCAAAAGUUCACGCUUGGCUUACGGUGGAAUGGUUACACGGAAGAGACCGGAAAGGGUGCCACCUACGUAGGUGGCAAUUUUCAGAAGAUAAAGGUCGCUACCAGACCGCUGCUUGAAGACCUCCAUCAAAUGUGCACUAACGUUACUUGCAUGGAUGGCACGAGAAGAGUUGAUCGUAUGGUGUACCGAUAUCCAAACAGAGAAAGUGGGUCAUUGUGGCAUGAAGAAUAUCUCAUAACCACUCAGGAUGAGGUAGACGCCAUGCUCGAAUUCAUGAGGUUCAACAAUCUUUCCAAAGCCGAGAUGUUCGUUUACACCGAGCCGGUCGUAGGCGUUGGAGGUCAUUCUGGACACGGUCAAACAUCUGGUACCCAUGGUGGAGGUGAAUUAUAUGGAGAUCAUCCCUACCAAAGUUACCAUGAUCCUCAUUCAUAUUUUCAGUACCAAGAGCAAGGUGAAGGUCAUCAUCAAUCAUAUGAAGAAGAAGUUCAACCGGACCGGCCCAACCAACCUCAGUACAACUUCCUCUCAGGCAGCGGUAGUUUUCACAACUACCAUUAUGGAGCUGAUGAAGGUGCCUUUCAUGAGCUGGAUCAGAUGGAGGAUGUCAUGCCAACUUCCUCUUUGACAGAAAAAGGGGGGAUCCGAGGAUCUCUUAAUACCCGAUUUUCCCAGGGAAUGGGAGGAUAUGAUAAUCGCUUAAAACCUCAUUUCCUUAGACGUGCAUCUCUUUAUAAAGAGUCGAAGUAAGUGGAACAAUGUAUUCGAUUAAAUUAUUGAAAACAACCAACACGAUUAAAAAUUCAACAUAAAUUUAUUUUAUAUUUCACUAAAUACAUUAACAAAAUAAAAGAAGGACAAAUGGUAAAGAAUUGUAUGUACCGGGUGAGCGUUCCAAACAUCCCUUGACCGAUGGUUGGGUUGGUCGUACAAGUCGGUUGGAUCCAACGGUCCUUGCUCGAGAUAAUACCGUUGGUUGUAAAUAUCGACGUCCUCCGCAGCCUACGAGAAAAUAACAACGAGGUUAGUAAAUAGAUUAAUUAAAAAGCAAGAUAAGAACAACAAAAAUUAAACCCGAAUAAUGAGUACGUACCGCUUGAAAUUCAUCAACAAAAACUCCUUCUCCUUGCCACCAAUCGGCCAUUUUUUCGGCGCAAUUCGGACAGAGCUUCGGCUCGGCUCGGCGUGUUUUGAGGAAAAAACCUAAGAAAUAUUUUCUAAUGGCAGAUCGGACUUUGCCGCAACCAAUAGACCACUAUUUUCUAGGCUUUUGGGAGGGGGAGGGUUUAGAGAGAUAAAACUUAGAGAGAGAAGAAAGAAUGGGUUGAAGGUGUGAAGAAAUGAGAGGGGGAGGGGGGCUAUUUAUAGUUUUUCAGAUCGCAGGCUCCAGGGGCGAGGCGGUAAUUUUGCCCCGCGCGGAUCGCAUUCUCCCAAUGCGUUUUCCGCUUCCCCAGGCGCAGAUUGCACCCUCCCAAUGCGGUUUGACUGACACCGGCGCGGAUCGCAUUGCUGGCGUGCGAUCUGGGAUCCAAGGCGCGGAUCGCUCCGCUGGCGUGCGCUUAGCCGUUGGAUCGGCUAUCAAUCCGACGAUCUGGUGGAUCGCAACGCGUCCUCCCCAAAUCGCAUCAGUCUGGUGCGUUUUAUUUUGUGGAUUGCACCCCUCUGAUGCGUUUUACGUGUAGAUCGCAUCUGUAAGGUGCGUUUUACAUUUAAAACGCAUCUUAGGGGUGCGUUCCAAAAAAUAAGGUGCUAUUAGUGGAAUUUUUUUUACAUGGGUGCUAUUUUUGUAAUUUUUUUUUAUUAAAGGUGCUAUUAUUGGAAAAAUCCCUUCCUUUGUUCCCUGUUCUUCCUUCUUUCGCUGGAAUCAACCCAAGCCAAGCCUAUUACAUAAACUCAUAAGUCUAGUAACUCAGAGAGUUCAAAUCAACAACCAAUUUAGUACUACGUUAAAAUUUAAUUUUCUCCAAUAUCUCAAACACAAACAAGAGCUAUAUUGUUAAAAGCACAACAUAAAUACAUUAAAAACCAAGUACAACCAAAUUAUGUAACAAUAAUGGUUGAGGAGAAUGACUUGUAUAUAUCCGUGGCAUGCAAAUGGUACAUUAGACCAUCCACAUCCAUGAAAUACCAUUUCUAUUUCAUAUGCGGCCCCUAUUGCCACAUCAGCAACUUUUUCCAUUCCACUACAUAUCACUUCCAUUUCCUCUACAUCCAUGAAAUCCACUAUCUAUUUCAUAUGGUGGGUCCAGCUUAUUUUUUAAUACAUCAACACAUUUUAUCUAACCUAUAUGAUUUUACUAAUUUAAGAUGUAUCAAAUAAUUAAAAUAAUAUAUUGUAAUUAUUUGAUUAUCAAUAAUGAAAUAAAUUUACUAAUUUAUU